UCUACUCUGUAUUAGAAUGAUAUAUGGUCAAUUUAAUGUUAUAGCUGCGACGAAUUUUAAAUGUUAAUAUGUAUAAAAUCUGGAGAUAUUAAAAAAUAUGAAAAUAAUUAAAAUAUGAAAUUAAUUUUAUUAAAAAGAAAUAAAAAUUCUCGAAAAUUUAAAAAACAAUAUGGUCACAUAACUAUAUCACAAUCACAAUGAGAACCUACUGAAUAACUUUAUGUCUGAGUCUUAUGUGUAAGAAAUAUUACUAAACAUAUAAUCAGAAAUGUCCAAAUUUCUAUUUAAAUCAAUUAGAUUAUUUUUAAUUAAGAAUAACAGUAACGUAAAUCAGUAUGUUCAAAAUUUUAGUAAAAGUUGUAUAAAUCAUGCAGAUGAGGAGAAAAAGAAAGGAAAGACUACAAGGACUCCCAAAAUUACACUUAUACAUACAGAUAAAUCUGUUUCUGUCAUUUCAUUAGAGAACGCAGAAAAAUUAGCUAAAAGACGAGAUCUUGAGUUAAUACAUGUAUCAGAUACAUCUAAAAGUGGUAGAAGUGUGUAUGAACUUGUAAGUUCUUCAAAGAUUGAUGAGAUGACAAACAAUGUAGAAGUAUGUAAAGAUGAACAGAAGAUAAAGUCUAUUAAGAUAUUUACUAUAAAACAGAAUAUUAUGAAUUAUGAUUUAAAUGUAAAAAUUAAUAAUAUUAACAAAACGUUAAAAAAAAAUUAUAAGGCUAAAAUAUUGUUUUCCCACCCUAACGGGCCUCAAGAAGAGAUGAUAAAAGAAAUUAAAAAAAAGAUACAGGGAUUUAUCUCAGGAACACAGAAGAACAAAGAUAGUACUGUACUUAUAUAUACUCCUUUAUUAAAAGAUGAAAAUAUUUCUUCAAAGGAAGAUGUUAAUGAUAAGUAAUGUACUGAAAAAGUGGGAAAAUUAAUAAAAUCUUUCAUAAUUUUA